AGUAGAAAACAGUCUACGCAGAAUAUACCAAAGUUAUGUCUCAGUUUGUGAAUGUGAUUCAUGUUGUUAGCAAUACAUAAAUUUCAAGACCUGACUUGAUAGAGAGAAGUUAACCAUGAAAUCAGUUUAUAUUACAAUCUUCAGCCUUUUGUGCUUUGCUGCAAAUACAGAGGAAAAAGGGCCAAAGAAGGAAUGCUGGAACGAGAAAAAAGAUCUUCAUUCAGAAAAGAAACUGAAUUCUAGAGUUAUCUCAGGAAUAAUCAGCGGGUUCGAAUAUACUUCAACAGAAAACUUUAAGCCUUUGCUGGAUCCUUUGUUGAUAACAAGGGUACCUGAAACAACAGGAAGCAAGAAGGCCAGACAACAUAUAACUGAUACAUUAGAAAAGCUUGGUUGGAGUAUAGAGUUGGAGAAAUCCACACAAUCAACAGUUGUAGGCGAAAGAACGUUUGUUAAUAUUAUUGCUACGUACAAUCCUAGAAGUCCCAGGAGAUUGGUGCUAGCAGCCCAUUAUGAUUCUAAGCUGACUCCUGAAGGAUUUCUUGGAGCCACAGAUUCUGCUGUUCCUUGUGCUAUGCUUCUUGGACUUGCAUUGGAUUUAGAUCCUUAUUUUAAAAAAAUAGAGGGAACACCUGAGUUAACAGUUCAGCUGAUUUUCUUUGAUGGAGAAGAGGCAUACGUCUCAUGGACAAGUACUGACUCCCUGUACGGAUCUAGAAAUCUAGCUUCAAAAUGGAACUCUGAACCGUAUACUGUAGAUUCUAAACUAGGAUACUGUCAGGCCGGAUCAGCUGUAGAAUUGGAUCGUAUCGACAGUUUUGUUCUUCUUGAUCUUAUUGGUACAAAAAAUCCAAGAUUUUUAAAAUAUGCUGAUUUUGAAGAAGAUCUUUUUAACUGGAUGGAGGCGGUUGAGGAGAAAGUAUUAUUGGUGUCGGGUUGUGAUGUUAGUCCUGUGAUGAAAGGUGAUAAAUCUGUGAGUAGUGGUAUAGAAGAUGAUCAUCUACCAUUCUUUAAACUAGGAGUCAGACGAAUUCUGCAUUUAAUUGCGAAUCCAUUUCCAUCAGUGUGGCAUACAAUAGAUGAUAAUGAAUCUAGCCUAGAUUAUCCAACUAUAUUUCACAUACAGAGGAUUUUAAAUAUUUUUACUAUGCAAUAUCUAGAGCUAUAGACGACAACACUGUUACAAAUUCAUUAAAAAAUACAUAUAUAAACUUAUU